AUGGGAAAAGACCGGGGUCGCUAUACGUACACCAUGAGGUAUUAUCUUGCAGAUGGUAUCUAUCCUCGUUGGGAAACGAUUGUGAAAAGAAUAUCUCAACCUCAAGGUGCAAUGAGACAACUAUUUGCGAUGAUGCAGGAGGCAUGUCGGAAGGAUGUCGAAAGGGCAUUUGGAGUGCUCCAAGCACGAUUUAAUAUUGUCAGAGUUCCAACUAGAGGUUGGAGUGAUGAGGAUCUGUACUACAUCAUGAAGACGUGCAUUAUUUUGCACAAUAUGAUCAUUGAAGAUGAGUGUGAUAUUCCAGCAAAUGAAUGUAGUGCAGCACAACUUGAGACUGAUACCAGUAAUACCUGUUGUCAAGUGUCACGCGAUCCAAAUGAGGAGUAUGCUCAAUUUAUGUUGAAUCGGCAGAGGAUUAGAUCUACUGAAGCCCAUAACGCAAUUCGUAAUGAUCUAAUUGAAGACUUGUGGUCCCGAGUUGGAGAGUUAGAGUAA